AUGACAAAGGCAUACAAACAAUCUGAAUUCAAUGAACUGAUGGAAAAGGUUGAACAAGUUGAUGUUCGUGUAAAGAAUUACUUGGAAUCGGCAGGUUAUGAAAAAUGGGCUAGGAUUGUACCAUCAAAUCACUAUGUGUACAGUGCUCAUCACGAAGGUAGAACAUAUAUUGUCUGUUUGAAAAAUAAAAUUUGUAUUUGCAAGAGGUUUCAAAUGGAUGAAAUACCAUGUUUGCAUGCUUGGACUGUUAUAAAUAAGAAACAUUUUGAUGUUGGACCAUAUUGUUCUGACAUGUACAAGCCAAGUAACUUGUUGGAUACAUACAACAUUCCAAUUACUCCCUUACCUAAUCAAAACGAGUGGAAUGUACCUGAGUAUAUUAAGGAUGACAGAGUGCGGCCUCCAAAGCACAAAAAGCUACCUAGAAGGCCAUCUAAGAAGUAUCGUGACAAGGCGUAUAGCGAGUUAUCUGGAAAAAAGAGCAAGAAUUCUCGUGGUACUUGUGGGUUUAAGGAGCACAAUAGGCGUUCAUGUAGGAAUGGACCGCAUAUUGUUUAG